AUGUGUUUAGUCAGGGCGUGCGGGACAAAUUGGGACGACAACUUUUUGCCGGAUAUGAUUGAGAGAGAACAUGAGCUAAUACACAGAGAUAUGGAUGGAGAUAGGUGGGUAUAUAUGUAUAUAUAUAAGGACGAUUUUGCCAAGAAUUUUGUGGAAACGGUUGGACACACGCACAUACACAUAUACAUACACACAGGGUUUACCAUGGCCACUCUGUACGCUGUAGAUCAACGUCCUUUGGCUGUACGCUCAUUGGCACUGUUACCACCGCCAUUGCCCGCACUCCAUAAAUGCAUAGCGCUCGAUAAUGGCCCACAGGGCAAACAAGUACUGCUGCCCGCGCCAGAACUCAACUUAGCGCAGCUGACAGACGUUGAAAGCGACCUCAAGCGGCAGCUGGACCGGUGGGCGUUCGGUCACGUGGCUGGAGAAACCAUAGCAUCAACAGGAAAAACGUGUCACGUGUCGAAAUACACACACGUGCCCAGGAUGUCCCCUUUUUCUUGUUCCUCGUUGUCCCUAGUUUCCAGUCCUGGGCUUGGCCCUGGCGCCGCGCUCGGCUCCGUGUCGGGCUCCGUCUCCGGCUCCGCUCCCGGGUCUCGCUCCGUCUCCGUUACCGGCCUCGAUUCCGGUCUCGAUAUUGGUUCCGUCCCGGUACCGGCAUCGGCCUCCGGCCCAGACUUUAACUCGUCCACCACGUCCAAACUCACAGGCCAACGCACAAAGCCCUCUAUCGAGCGCAGGCGGAAAUACGUUUGCAAAACGUGCCAAAAGGGUUUCACCACCAGUGGCCAUCUCGCUCGCCACAAACGCAUUCACACGGGGGAAAAAAACCACGUCUGUCCACACGAGGGUUGUGGUCAGCGGUUCAGCAGGCACGACAACUGUGUCCAGCACUACAAGACGCAUUUGCGAGGAUAG